AUCUCAUGUUCUUUUAUCCCUUUUAACACCAAACCCUUUACUAAUCUCUAUCCAUAAACUCACACACAAACACACCCACGCGUGCAUAUAUAUAUAUAUAUACACACACAUAUAUAUCUAUCUACAUAUAUAAAUGUAUAACAUGGAAGAUAUUGAUCACUAUCAACAACAAAAGACGACAACAAAGCUAAAGAUCUUUGGCUUCAAUGUAUCCGAAGACGAAGAAGUUGAUUCCACCAAAACACCUUCCGGAUCACCACCGGACUCCGUCGCCGACGGCCGGAAAUACGAGUGUCAAUACUGCUGCCGUGAGUUUGCUAACUCCCAAGCAUUGGGUGGUCAUCAAAACGCCCAUAAGAAAGAACGUCAACAGUUGAAACGUGCACAAAUGCAAGCAACUCGAAACGCUGCCGUUUCAUAUAUUAGAAACCCUAUUAUCUCUGCCUUUGCUCCGCCGCCUCACCUCCUUACUCAGACCGGUCCGAUGGUCAUCCCGUCGUCCGCCGUCGCGUCACCGUCGUGGGUUUAUGUUCCACGCGCCGCCCCUGGGUUCCACGUGUCGCAUGGAUGUGUUUUGCCAUCGGCUUCAUCGCUACCGUCUAAUGGGAGAGGACCAGGGGCGUUAUCGUAUGCCGGCGGUGUAGGGGAGUCGUCGUUGACUAACGUUGGACCUCAGCCUAAUAACCGAGUUCAUCACGAAGAUGGGCCUUUGUUGAGUAGGUUUUCUAGGGGGGAUGGUGGGCCUAGCUUUGAUGAUACAUUUGGGCUUGAUUUGCAUCUUAGCCUUUAGGGUUUAGCCUCGCCACAAGUUGAGUCGCUUGACUUGGCUUGGCUAAUGGCUCGGCUUGGGUCGGGUCGGGUUGGGUUUUAAAGGGGGGAAUGGUGGGCCUAGCUUUGAUGAUACAUUCGGGCUUGAUUUUGCGUUUGAGCCUUUAGCCUCACAACGUCUUGAGUUGAGCCACUUGGCUUGGCUCAGUUCUGGUCGGAUCGGGUCGGUUCAUGAAUUUAGUUUAGUAUGUGAAGGAUCACAACUAUAAGUUGUUAGGCUUCAUUGUAAACUCGGCUCGGAUAAGCCGGGGUGUCGAAUUUUCACCCGCUCGGAUCUUGUAAAUUCUGAUUUAUUUGUUUAUUUUGUUGAAAUAAAUUGCUUUAGUCAAGUAUUAUAUUCA